AUGGCUGGAGCGCAUGAACCGCCGCCCACAGCGGGCGAAUACGUCGACACGGGUCCUUAUACAACGGACCCGCCCUUGCUGAGAGAUCACUCGCAGCUCAAGACGUACAAGACGAGUCGUUUCGAGUAUCCUGAUAUAAGGGUAUUUUUCAGACCACAUCCCAAGGCUGCAGAACUUCCAAGGACGCCUGCGCCGUUGCCGCUCGUGGUCUGCAUACCAGGUCUGGGCGGUUCUGUUGCGCAGUUCUAUCCGCUGUUGAAUAGCCUUGUCGACCUCGCUUCCUGCCUAUCCGUGGAUUUUCCCGGAGGAGGGCGUUCACGAUAUGCUGUCACGUCAUGGGAUGCCUACACACCGGAAGCCUUGGGUGAAUUAUUGGAGCUCGUAAUUGAGGAUCACCGUGAUAAUGAACAUGGCCAAGGCAUAAUCCUAAUUGGACAUAGCAUGGGUACCAUGCUAGCCGCGCAGCUUGCAAGCAAAAGUGCUUCGCAUCAGACUAGUUUGUCAAAAUAUGUUGUCGCCGUUGUUGCGGUGUGUCCAACGGCGGGUCCCCCAGACCAGCAAAGGUCUUCUCUCUUGAGGCGACUUUUGUGGAUGCCCGGCUGGAUAUUCUCACUCUGGCGAGCCUGGGACGGUAUCGGAGGUCCGUACAGUCCGAGUGUGUCCCGUUUUGUAGGGAAGGAGGCAGAUUUGGAGUUGAGAGUGAUGCAAUAUCGGUUUAACCAACAGAGCAGAACCCCGGUCUGGAGACGUAUGGCAUAUGGUGCUCUUCCAGUCCAUGAGAAUGGCAAACCCAUAGGAGGGCUGCCCAGCCUUGAUACGUGGGCCGGGGUGAAGGUGCCGGUAUAUCUUAUUGCGGGCGAAGACGAUCAUUUGACACCACCGGGGGAGGUCGACAAGAUCCUUCAGGUGCUGAAUCAUCGUACAAAUAGCACGCAAUCUAACGAUGAACACACAAAUCAGGAAGAGUUGGCAAUAUCGAGCCAGUCACCUACACAGGUUCCAUCGCAGACCAGCGAUACAAUCUACGAUCCUACAGAGGAGAGUUUUGCGACGGACAAGAUUGGAGCGGACAGCAUCGAUAAUGCUGAUGAUGAGCCGUCGACUCCGCUAGAAUCGCCUGCAUUUGUGCCUCCGCAGCCUGCUCACCCGACGCCGGUAGUCCAGUCGUUCGUGAUGCCUUCACCAGCGAACCAUGCUCUUCUGUACAUGCCACGGUGCUCAAGAGUGUUGGCCGGGCUUAUCUCAGAUUUCCUCGCCUGUCAUGUUACCCAAAGAUUGUCCUUAGCUUGGCAGCUGCAGUACUUGUCCCGUGAGGGGAAAUGGGACGUCAAGAACUUAAUCAAGUGGAAGUCAGUCGCGCCGGUAUCUGAAGAAAUUGGACCCGAGGGACGUCCCAUUUUUCGCGCCUUGAAGACACUCAGAGAAGCCGACGACGUGCACUCCCCCUCUGAAUUCGUUGGGACAUGGAGUCAUGUUGUCAAGGAUGUCAUCGAUAUUUCUAGAGACCAGCCGGUUUAUGACCCGCGAGGCCUCGAACGAGGUGGUGUGCAUUACCACAAGUUCCCCACUGUGUCCAAGAUUCCGCCUCAGCCGAAAGAGGUCGAACUGUUUAUCAAGCUUGUUGAUAAGUUACGGAAUGCCCAGAUGGAGCGGGCUGAUAAAGAGGGCUGGGAACAUCCUGAGAAGUGUGUUGUGGGCGUACACUGUCACUAUGGCUUCAACCGUACUGGCUACUUCAUAGUGUGCUAUCUUGUUGAGCGUUGCGGGUUUAGUGUCCAAGAGGCGAUCGAAAAGUUUGCACAGGCGAGGCCAAAUGGAAUUCGUCACUCACACUUCUUGGAUAGGUUGUAUGUGCGGUACAAUGUUGAAGAAGGACCAGGCCAGCAACCGACGCCAUGA